AUGCCCACCACAACCGUCCAUCCUACCCACCUCACCUCUUUCCACAAACAAGGCGGUAUGGUCACUACAGAGGAGUUGCUUCCCCAACAUCAUCAGCAACAUCAACACCGCCCAGCAUACCGCCACUCAGACACCCCACAUGAAUCAUACGACAGUCCACCCCAGACCGAUCAUCGUGUGUACUGCGGAGAACCGAUAGCGCACAUUGGCUUUGCCUCCAAAGAUCGCAAUCGAUACCGUCUGUCUCCCACAAACCAACGCUCCGCAACCUCACGCACGGAUGACUCCUCAACAAAACUACCACCCCACUCGGCAUCACCUUCCCAUUCUCCCACUGGUUCAUACGGCAUUGUCGGCGCUGGAGGUGAAGAAUCGUCUGCCUGGUCAAGGUCAAGCCCACACAACCAAGACCCUCACGCAUUGUCUCCUCCAAACGCUGUUGCCUUCCGCCCACUACCUCGAGCCUCGCCGGUCGACCCCUCGCUAUCGUCCUCGUCGUCAUCAGCCUCGCCGUCCCCUUCCAUCUCUACGAUCACCGCGGCAUCAACACCCAUGACGACAGAUGGUAUCACGGCCGUGACCAAGGGUACUGCGGCUGCCAGUCUCAACGACAGUCGGCCAACCAGGCAUCAAGCCACAGGCAAGCCCACCUUUCCGAAGGAGGAACCUAUUGACCGUUACGAACGCCCAGGGGACCUAGCUCACUCACCCGCAGGAGGACUUGUCCAGCCAGCAACAAAACCAUUCUCCGGCAGCCAUCGAGGUGGUAGUCAUGAGUCCGACCCUAUGGCCCUGGGGCAACAGCAGCAGCAACCUCCACGGCCGUCGUCUGCGUACGGCCCAGACCAGAUCAUGUCAUCGAGCUCAGUUAAACUCGCACGAGAAGACAGCCCAGAUUACCACCUGUACUCCAAAGACCUAGCUGAGCGCUCGUCAGCCCAUCAUUACGACACAGCCCGUGGCCCGUUUGCCGCUUAUGAGCAGCCAUAUCAGCCACGUCCGUCUGGCAACCUACGACCCAGCGGUGCAUAUCCUCCUUCUUCCACCACACCCACCAUCUCUUCCUCUCGAUCUCGCCACCCUGACUACGAAUCCAGACAUCCCUCGUCUCAUUAUCCCCCAUUGUCGCCAAGGCUAAUGGUCAAGGAGGAACCCCUCACUAGGGAAAGGACUCGUGACUGGCCGCCAGGAGAGCUUCAUCGAGACCACCUUCGUCUGAAGCCAAGCAUGGCUGAAACGGGCCCCCACGACCAGGGAACCUCCCAACAUGCUGAUGGUCCUCCAGUGUACCCACCCUAUUCUGAGCUACACUCGCCUCGCGAUGGUUACUACCGAACUCAGCGACGUGGUUACCCAGAGGCCCACUCCCCCAGGCAAGCCAACUCGCAGCAGCCGCAGCAGCAUGGAUUGGUCGCCCGGCCAGAGAGAUUGACGUCUCCCGGACCAUCACACCCAUACCAUUCAAGUCGUUCGUACCACUCGCAUUCAGCUGACGCAGCCUUUGUAUCUCAUCCGUCUGCUCAGCACCGCAGAGCAGAGGACGACAUUCGCUUGGCAAGAGGCCCAGCCUCCCAGCCAGUUCGCUCACAUGACCAGCACCACCAUUAUCAGCCACUGUCGCCUCAGUCUCAUUCGUCAAGGUACCCAGGAGACUCGACCCAUGCCCGGACUCUGACCCACGGAUCACCCGAGCAUGGUUUUGACGGCCAUGGUAGUCUGGAGGGGAUGCAAGGACAGAGUUUGGACGGUGGUCGGGACAUGAUAAGGGCAUACGACGGUCGCUACGAUACCGAGAGCCAGCACAGGAUGAGACGGAGACGCGGCGAUUAUGAGACCAUCUCGGAGCCCCAGUCGGCUUCCCUUGCAGCAGCAGCAGCAGCAGCAGGAGCCACCGCCGUCCCUCUUCGUCGGGAAGUCCAGCGAGGCAUUCGUCCCUCGGUCUCAGAGUCGGACUUGGCAUCGGUUGAGCUAAAGCGAGAGCGGGAGAGACGCCUUGGUAGCGGCCCUCUUGGCAAGGAUGUGCACGGCGACUAUCAUCAGGAGUACGAAAGUAAGGAACGGUUUUUGGAUGAGGAAGAGCGGGAAUACAGGCGGAUGCACUCUGCCGCCACCGCUGUUGCCGGACGCCGCCCUCAUCAUCUGGACGACCCAAGGCAGCAUAUGAGUCGCGAGGAGUACAUGUAUGCACAGCAACAGCAGCAACAUCUCCACCAUCAGCAGUACCCUCACCACGACCGCCAGGAGCAGUACCCUCCGCAGCACCCGUCGUACCCUCACGAGUAUGAUGCUCACUAUGAGUCGCAGGGACUUGUUCAGCGAGGUGGAGAAGCUAGCCAUCCAUCGUCAUCCCAGCGUGCUCAGGCAGGAUCUUCUUCCACAUCGUCCCCUGAGCAUCAGCGAAAGAAACAGCAACAGGAGCAACUUCAGCAGCAACAGGCGUCCGGAGAACCAGCUGGGGCAUCUUCGUCCACACAAGCACAAGGACAGCCUCAAAGACGUUCUUCUAAUCAGAUCCAGGGUAACUUCCCACUCCGGAUGCUUCCUCCACUCCACCCUCGCCAGCUCCCGGCCUUGCUUCCUUAUCAUACUACUCGACCUGGGUCGACCAACUCUUCGCAGCCCAAGGUUCCCAUGCGACGCGGCCCCUACCUGUCGAAGCAACGUGCCCUUUUGGCGGGAUAUGAGCUCCCGUCACCCUCGAGUCGGUACCAGUGCCAAUACUGCUCGAAGCGGUUUAGCCGACCCAGUUCGCUCCGGAUCCACACGUACUCGCACACGGGCGAGCGUCCGUUCAAGUGCAGCGAGGAAGGAUGUGGACGUCAGUUCUCUGUGCAGAGUAACAUGCGUCGUCACUUGCGUGUCCAUCGGAUGGGUCGUAUGCGUUCCGAAUACUCUGAGCUUGACCAGGAGCAGGAGCAGGACCUUGAGAAUGAGCAGGAUGAGCAGGACCUGGAGUAG